AUGCCCGGCUUGGAGUUUAGAUGGUCCUCAGAACUCACCGUCAGGCACCUUUCGCCCUGCCGGGUGGCACUAGAUGGAGGGCCGGAUUCAGAAGCCAGCCAGAGUCCACAGUACAGCUUCGAGUCCUUACCCCAGAAGAUCUGCUUAAUCUGCGGGGACGAAGCAUCCGGAUGUCAUUAUGGUGUCCUUACCUGCGGGAGCUGUAAGGUCUUCUUUAAAAGGGCAAUGGAAGGUCGAAAGUUUAAGAAGUUCAAUAAAGUCAGAGUUAUGAGGGCACUGGAUGCUGCCGCGCUCCCGCAGACGGUGGGCAUUCCAAAUGAAGGCCAAGCCCUAAGCCAGAGAAUCAGUUUUUCGCCAAGUCAAGACUUACAGCUGGUCCCCUCGCUAAUCAACCUGCUAAUGAACAUUGAGCCAGACGUGGUCUAUGCAGGACAUGACAACUCCAAACCUGACACCUCCAGUGCUCUGCUGACGAGUCUUAAUCAACUAGCCGAGAGACAACUUCUUUCAGUAGUCAAGUGGUCUAAAGCACUGCCAGGUUUUAGAAACUUACAUAUUGAUGACCAGAUAACUCUCAUUCAGUAUUCUUGGAUGAGCUUAAUGGUGUUUGGACUAGGGUGGAGAUCCUAUAAACAUGUCAGUGGGAAGAUGCUGUAUUUUGCACCUGAUCUAAUAAUAAAUGAACAGCGGAUGAAGGAAUUAUCAUUCUAUUCAUUAUGCCUUACCAUGUGGCAGAUUCCACAGGAGUUUGUGAAGCUUCAACUUAGCCAUGAAGAGUUCCUCUGUAUGAAAGUAUUGCUACUCCUUAAUACAAUUCCUCUGGAAGGGCUAAGAAGUCAAAACCAGUUUGAUGAGAUGAGAGCAAGCUACAUUAGAGAGCUCAUCAAGGCAAUUGGGUUGAGGCAAAAAGGUGUUGUCUCUAGUUCACAACGUUUCUACCAACUUACGAAGUUUCUUGAUAACUUGCAUGAUCUUGUUAAACAACUUCAUCUGUACUGCUUGAAUACGUUUAUCCAGUCCCGGGCACUGAGCGUUGAAUUUCCAGAAAUGAUGUCUGAAGUUAUUGCUGCACAAUUACCCAAAAUCUUGGCAGGGAUGGUGAAACAUCUUCUUUUUCAUAAAAAGUGA